AUGCCCUACCCAGCUGUGCACCAUGGAUACUCUUUCUGGAAAAUCCCCCCGGAGGUAUUGAAAGGAGUCGUGGAGUACGACCGUAUAGAGAGAGAGAAAAAAGAGAAGGCGGAACGCGGUGAAGACAUCGAUGACGAGAGUUCCGUACUUGAAAGAGAAACCGAACCAUCUAGUGGACAGCAUCAUGAGCAGAAGGGAAUUGCCCCUGCUGCAUAUGCGGGCGAAGAGAGCGACGAAUAUGAGGAAGUCGAAGUCACAGAUAGCGGAGGCGAAGAUGAGGAUCAUCCUUCCAAACGGCCGAAGAUGGAGGGCGAUGAUGGUCAACAACAACCUUUGGAGUUCACGGAAGAAGAUAUUGAGUAUCAACUCGCCGCUAUGGGCGAAGAAUAUGGCCUUGAUCCCGGCGAAUAUGGUGAACCAGGCGAAGAUGGCUGGGAAGAAGGUGCUGAGGGACUACCACUCACAGAGGAAGACGCAAUUGCUCUGUUCCGUGACCUUCUUGAUGAUUAUCACAUUAACCCGUAUGCAACGUGGGAGAAGAUUAUUGAAGAAGGCCGGAUUAUAGAGGACUCUCGUUACACCGCGCUUCCGAAUAUGAGGUCGCGUCGGGAUGUUUGGUCUCAUUGGAGCCGUGAUCGGAUCCAAGUGCUUAAGGAGCAGAAAGAGAAACAAGAGAAAAAGGACCCGCGCAUCAAAUAUCUAGCUUUCCUUGAAACACACGCUACUCCCAAGCUAUACUGGCCAGAAUUCAAACGCAAGUAUCGCAAAGAGCCCGAAAUGAAAGACUCUCAACUGUCCGAUAAGGAUCGAGAGAAAUUCUAUCGCGACUUGAUGUCACGGUUAAAACAGCCGGAAAGCACUCGCAAGUCCGACCUCUCUGCCCUACUGAAGUCUGUCCCUGUGCAUGAUUUCAAUCGCUCGUCGAGCCUGGAAGCUCUCCCUCCAACGAUCAUUACUGAUAUCAGAUACAUCUCCCUCCCUGCGAAGGUUCGCAAUCCCCUUAUUGAAACCUAUAUAUCUACUUUGCCCCCGGCGCCGGAGCAGGGCGAGCAUAUGACUGCGGAACAACGAGAAGAGGCAGAGCGUAAGAGAAUGGAGCGCGAAAAGCGUGAGAAGGCUUUGGCAGAACGUGAGAAGCAAGUGCAAGAGGACAAGCGGAAGCAGCGGGGUGACCUUGCCCGUGGGAGGAACCUUCUAAGAGAAGGAGAGGCAGAGAUUGAAGAAGCCCUCAAGAUAGGGAAGGCGGGAUUACGAAGCCAUAUAGAGGUCGAGCGAGAUUCUUCAAAGGAAGGGGAAGCCCAGGAAGGGAAGUGA